CCUAUAUGUACACCUAAGAACUAUAUAAAGAGCCACGUUGCUCAUCCAAGUGGCCCAAGAUAGCAACUGAGCAACCCUCCUCCCGCACAGCCCUAACUUAAGUUUUCCCACGUCCAUCCAUCCAAUCCAUCACACAAAGACCUCUUCCUCGAAGCUCAGCGAGCCAUGACCAAGACAAUCACCAUAAUCGGCGCCACCGGCACCCAAGGCGGCUCCGUAGUCAGCGCCCUCCUCUCUACGCAGUCAACCUACACGACCAUCCGCGCCAUAACCCGCCACCCCACCAGCGCCGCCGCGCAGACCCUGGCCGCAAAAGGCGUGCAGCUCAUCCCCGCCGACCUGCACGACCCCAGCUCCUUGCAAACUGCAUUCGCCGGCACCCACGCCAUCUUCGCGGUGACGAACUUCUUCGAGGCCCUGCCCACCCACGGCGUCGACGGCGCCAUGGCGCUCGAGACGCAGCUGGGCACCAACAUCGCCACCGCGGCGGCCGCCACCGCGACCCUGGAGCACUUGGUCUGGUCGACGCUGCCGGACUCCUCGGCCAAUACGGCCGGCGCAGUGAUCGUGCCGUACUACGAGAGCAAGCGCCGCGUGGACGACUUUAUUGCCCGAACCCUGCCGGGGUUGUGGGCCAAGACAACUUUCCUCUGGGCUGGGUGGUACAGUGCCAAUAUGCUGCUGCCGUGCUUCCAGCCGAUGAGGGUUCGGGGCGCCGCGGAUGACGGGUUUCUGAUGUUGACGAAUAUUGACCCCGCGACGAGGAUUCCGGUGGCCGGGGAUGAGAGGGUUAAUGUGGGGUUGUUUGUGAAGGCGGUUUUGGAGCAGCCUGACAGGACGCUGCCGGGGAAGGUAGUGGCGGCGAUUACCGAGUAUCGUGCGCUGAGGGAUGUGGUGGGGGCGUUUGGGAGGGCAAAGGGGGUUAAGGUCAGGUGUGUGCAGGUCGGGAGGGAGGAUUAUCGGGCGUUGUGGCCGGGGCUGGCGGACUUGAUGGAUGUGUCGCACUACUAUUUUCAGGUUACGGAUGGGAGGUCGUUCACUGUGGUGGGACAGGAGAAGGAGGUUCUGGGCGCGGAGGAUCUGGGAGUGGAGGGGUUGGUUGGGCUGGAGGAGGCUUUUGCUGGGGUGUCCUGGCUGGACUGACUCAUCUGUCCUUCGGUGAUGUAUUUGGCAUGCUGGGAUGUUUGAGUGGAUGCUUGGGAGUUGUAGUUAUUGAGCUGGUUAUAACGACAGAGGGAAUCAUUUCCGAUAGUGAGAG